AUGGAGUCACCAGAGGGGUCUGCUGGAAUCGAGCCUAUCAGUCAAGGACAGACUGCACAUGGUACUGCGGGCGCCUCGGGCUCUCAGACUCCGAUGGUUUCAGAGGUACCUACCUCGACCAUACCCGUCGUACCCACUCUUACAGUAUUCACGGUACCACCAGCAGUACCACCUGCAGUAUAUCCGACCCCUCCACCAGCAGUGCCUACUGCUGCGUACCCAAUACCUCCUCCAGUUGCGCCUACGGCGUACCGAGCACCACUGCCACCUGUUUCCUGCUACUACAUACCCGGCACCCGCACCAGCAGGUCAGCAUGUGGCUUCCAGAGUUUCCAUUUAGGGAGGACAGUUCAGUCAAACAGGGACUCAGCGAGGGGGGCAGAAAGUCCAAUCUUCGCAUCGUCCGUAGAGGACAGCCUCUCCGGUAGUAACUACAUAUGGCAUGCACAGGCAAGAGCACUCCAGUUCUCACACGGUAUCGCAGGGUUCUGUUUCGGGACCUCAGUAUCAGUCGCAGCCUCAGCCACUAGUGCAGUAUUAGUUGCAGCCCCAAUCACUGGUCCAGUACCAGUCGUAGCCUCAGCCACUAGUCCCGUAUCAGCUAUAGCCACAGUCACAAGCUCAGUACCAGACGCAGCCCCAACCACUGGUCAAAUAUCAGCCGUAGGCCUCAUAUCCAUCUCUGGCUCAAUAUCCAGCACCGCCUCAGUGGCAGACUCAAACUCCGACUCAGGCACAGCAACCUCUGGCAGUGCUACCACCUCCACCCUCGCCAAAGAUUGGAUGAAUUCACGCAGUUACCAAAGAGGAUGCACAGCGAGCUAA